CACCACCUCCUCCGCGUCGCGCGCCAUGGCUCUCCUCCUCAAGCCCAAGCACUACCUCUCCCCCGCGUCCGGUUUCCGUCUCCGAUGGCUAUGCGACGCCGCGCCAACCCUGGCGCCGGCGCAGGAGCAGGAGCCGGAGCCGGAGCCCGCCUCGCCUCCGUCUCCGUCUCCGCCGCUGAGCCGCGCGGAAGCCAAGCUCCUGGACGCGCUCCACGCGGCCCUCAUCGACCACCGCCGCGCCAACCCGGCCGCGCCGGUCCCCGCCGCCACGCCCUUCGAGCCGCCGCCCGAGCUCUCUUCCGCGCUAUCCGGCCUGCUCCCGUGGCCGCCUUCCCCGCAGCUCCCGCUCAGCCUCCUCCGCCGCCUCCUCGCGCUCCGCCGCGGCGUCCCGCUCCCCGAGGCGGUGGCCUUCUUCCACCACGUUCUCCCGUCGCUUCCACCCGACUCGCUCCCCUCAUUUUACGCCGCUAUGAUAGACCUGCUCGCGAAGCACCACCACUUCCCGCUCGCCCGCCACCUGCUCGACGAAAUGCGCGAGCGCUCCGUGCCCAUCUCGCCGCAGCUCAUCCUCACGCUCAUUCGAAGGUACGUCCGCGCGGAGAUGCCAUCGGAGGCUUCGGACCUCUUCCGCCGCAUGGAGGGGUAUGGCGCCGGGGCUCCUGACCCUGCCACACUCGCUUCUCUUCUUGGGGCCCUCUCCAAGAAGCGCCUUGCCAGUGAGGCACAGGCUCUGUUCGACAGCUACAAGUCUGUCUUUACACCGGAUGUUGUGCUCUACACAACGCUGGUGCACGCAUGGUGCCGUGGUGGGCGGCUCGAUGAGGCCGAGCGAGUGUUCGCUGAAAUGCAGCAGUCCGGGAUCACACCGAAUGUGUAUACAUACACCGCGGUGAUUGAUGCAAUGUACCGUGCAGGGCAGGUGCCCCGCGCUCAGGAACUCCUGUGCCAGAUGAUCGAUUCUGGGUGCCCGCCGAACACUGCAACGUUCAAUGCCAUCAUGAGGGCGCAUGUCAAGGCUGGCCGAUCUGAGCAGGUUCUGCAGGUACACAACCAGAUGCGGCAGCUCGGGUGUGAGCCUGACAUUAUCACAUACAAUUUCUUGAUGGAAACACAUUGCGGGAAGGGGCAGUGCAACCUUGAUGCUGCGAUGAAAUUGCUCACAAGGAUGAUUGCCAAGGGCUGUAUUCCUGAUUGCCACACUUUUAACCCCAUGCUGAAGCUGGUGUUUGUGCUUGGCAAUGUAGACACUGCUCGGAAAUUGUAUGAGCGGAUGCAGGACCUGCAGUGCAAACCAAAUGUCAUCACAUAUAAUUUGCUUAUGAGGUUGUUCAAUAGGGAGAAAUCGAUGGAUAUGGUGCUCCGGAUAAAGAAGGACAUGGAUGCCCAGGGAGUGGAGCCAAACGGGAAUACUUAUGCAGCUCUAAUUGAGGCAUUCUGUGGUAGGGGAAACUGGAAACGUGCAUACACAACGCUGAGGGAAAUGGUUGAGUUGAAAUCCCUUAAACCCACUAAACCAGUCUAUGAUAUGGUAUUGGCCCUGUUGAGGAAGGCUGGCCAGCUCAGGAAGCAUGAAGAGCUUGUGGAAAUGAUGGUGGACCGGGGUUUCAUCAGCCGCCCAGCUAAUGAUGCAUUGUGGAAGGCAAUAUCUGCUUGAUGAUCUUUAUGUUUUAACUGUGUUAAUGAUGCUCAAUUUAUCUCACAACAAAAAUAUUAUAUUGUUAUCUGUUGACUGUUGUACCGUCUCAUUGAGGAAUAAUGAUAUUUACUGGGGGAAAUCAAUGAGGUUGCAAAACUGAAAUCUUCCAACAAUGCCUGCUGUUUCUCUAGUGUGGUCGUAGUCCCUGUGUAUACAUAGUUAUAGUUCUGUAAGGAACAAAAGUUUUUAUUUUCUUGAGAACUUGUGAAAGUUAACAUGGUGGAUCUGGUAAUCUAUAGGCUUGCAGUUCUGAGUUCUCAC